AUGCUUCAUCUGCACAUACAUCCUCCGCCUUGGCGCCCUGCAUACUACCGAAAGCUCGUGGACGACGUAGUCCAGCAUCUUGCACUCUUGUCAGGCAGAGCAAUCCCUCCAUUAGAUGGCUACCUGCGAGCUGUUCUUGCGUUCGAUAACUGCAAUGCCGCGAGUGAUCUAGUCCACUUAGUCCACAAGAUGACGCCCCAACCUACUCGAGUCUCUUCGGUGCGACAACUGUUGUACGACAAGCCCAGUGAAAUUCCCUAUCUUCUUUCUUCCCACACAGUCGCUGCGCAGUCUACUCCGAGGGUGGAGGUAGCCACCUUCGUGUCUCGCAUGCAGCGUCCCAAAGAUGAUGUAGAUAUUCACCAAGACCAGAAGGAGAACUUGGAACCGACACCCCAGGAGUCCGAUGGAGAGGGGGCGGAGGAGGGAGAUGUCUCAGUGGAUGUUGAUACUGAGGCUACUGAUGGCAUGGAAAACAUGGAGCAGGCGGUUGCAUCCCUUGACGCUGUGCUAGACGAGGAGCCCCUUCAGUGA